AAUUUUUUUUUUUUUUAUAUGAAUGAAUGUAUUAAAUGUGGGUGAGUCUUUGAAUGACUCAUUUUAGGCUUAUACACAAAAAUAAUCUCGUAUUUUUACCACCAUUCAACAAUUCACUAAAAUUUUAUCGUCGUCGUCGUCGUCGUUGUCGUAUAUAUAUAUGGCCAUGUAUAAAAAGUUGAGGGAGUGUGUUUUUUGUGUUUUGUGUGAGCAACUAAAAUAACAAAAAAAAAAAAAAACUUGAUUCGAUAAAAACCUGAAUAACAAACGACCAGUGCUGUGUAUAUAGUAGUAAUCGACAUCGACAUCAACCUCCACAUUAUCUACAAUUGAAAAAGAAAGAAAGAAAAAUUUUUUUUUUUUUUUUGUUUGUCUGUAUGAUACCCGUUUGUGAGCUAAAAACAAGAAAAAAAAACAGAGUCGGGAGUUUGUGUGUGUGUGAGUUUUUUUUCCAAUCCAAUCAUAGAGUCGAAUGAUGUCGUCCUCGUCGUCGUCGUCGAAGAAUUCUUCGUCAUCAUCGUUUUCUUUGCCUAUUGCCAACAAUCAUCAUCAUCAUCAUAGCCAUUAUAAUGAUCAUGAUGAUCAAAAUUUUUCAUCAUCUAGAUCUUCUAAACGUUUCCGUUCCAUAACAACGGAACCAAUAUCCACUUCCUGGAAUAAUGAUCUAGAAAUAUCUUUCAAUUGUUUUACAGAAAAGAAAAUCGAAUUUUCAACGGGCCAAAUUUUUGAGCCAUUUGUGCCAACAACAAAACGACUACGUCGUGAGCAAUCAAAUUGCUACGACGUAGUUACAACGUCGAGGACGACAAAGGACAACACUGCUGCCAUCACUACAAUUGAUACAGUGAACGUUGCUACUAGUGCCGCCCCCUUUGUUGAAGGUCGAGAUAUCGACGUGUUGUACGACGUUGGCGAUAGCAGCAGGAUCAGUGCUGCCAUUGAUGAUGAAAGCUGCUGUAGUCGUAGCCGCCAUCUUUUUUCUUCACCACCAUAUACAACUGUAACUGUAUCAUCAUCAAAUAGCGAUAACGAAUUAAUGAGCAAUGGUGAUUCGGGUUUUCAAGAGCUACAAAUACCCUAUGAUAGUCUGUCCGUUGGUUCGGAUAAUAAAACUGUAAAUAAUAGUAAUAAUAAUUUAACUAAUAAAAUGGAAGAUGCAAUAGCCAUUGACGGUAAUAAUAGUACGACAAAUUCUAUAUCGAGAAAUCAAAUGACAAUGGCGACCAAAUCAGCAUCGGUUGCUGGUGAAUCUCCCAAUAGUGAUACUAUGGAUAUAAUUAUUGCACAACAACAACGAUUAUAUCAAUCAUCAUCGAAUAGUAAUCAGAAUAAUCAUCAUAAUGAAGAUGUUGAUGAUGAAAUCGAUGAUGACGAUGAUGAUGAUAAUAUUAGUGAAUUUUCCUAUGCAAGCGAUCUAUCCAAUUUAAGUGGUGAAGAUUGGAAACCUAUUAAUAAAAAUAUCGAAUGGAUACAACGUCAAAUAUCUAAUGGAUCUGAUCCCAAAGAAAUUAUCGAACAAUUGACCGGAAGUGAAUUAAUUGGCGAUAUUGAUAAUGCUUAUGCAUGGCGUUUACUCAUUCGAAUGCUAUCCGAGCCAUCUGUACGAUCUAAAUUAGAUUAUAUCAAUACUAUUAGUGAUGUCAUUGAUUUGAUACAAAAUUCUAAAAAAAUUAUUGUUCUAACUGGUGCUGGUGUAUCCGUUUCAUGUGGUAUACCAGAUUUUCGUUCACGUAAUGGUGUAUAUGCACGUCUCAGUAAAGAUUAUCCUGAUCUUCCUGAUCCACAAUCAAUGUUUGAUAUUCAUUAUUUCAAAAAGAAUCCUUAUCCAUUUUUUAAAUUUGCCAAGGAAAUAUAUCCUGGACAAUUUCAACCGUCACCGUCACAUAAAUUUAUAAAAUAUCUUGAAAUUGAAGGCCGUUUACUUCGAAAUUAUUCACAGAAUAUUGAUACACUCGAACAGACAGCUGGAAUCAAGAAUGUAAUCACAUGUCAUGGAUCAUUUGCUACGGCCACAUGUACUGUUUGUGGAUAUCGUUGCGAUUCAAAUGCCAUCCGAAAUGAUAUUUUUGCUCAAAACAUACCUCUUUGUCCUCAUUGUGCACCUAGAAAUAAUAAUAAUAAUAAUAAUAUAUCACAAAAUAUACAUCCAUCUUCACAUCAUCGAAAUUUUAGAAAAAUUUUACCAGUAAUGAAGCCGGAUAUUGUUUUCUUUGGUGAAGGUCUCUCUGAUGAAUUUCAUAAUUCGAUGACAAUCGAUAAAGAUCAAUGCGAUUUAUUGAUCGUAAUUGGAUCAUCGUUGAAAGUUAGCCCAGUAGCAUUAAUACCAGGUUCAAUACCAAAAAAUAUACCACAGAUUCUAAUCAAUCGUGAGCCAUUGAAUCAUUUGAAUUUUGAUGUCGAAUUAUUAGGCGAUUGUGAUGUUAUCAUUAGAUAUCUUUGUCAAUUACUUGGCGAUAAUUGGUCGAGAUCUUGUUUUGGUCAGGAUCAAAAUGACGAUAUAGAAAAAUUGCCGAAAUCGGCAACCGAAGAAAUUCCACAAGAUAAUGUUGACAAUGUCAACGGACAGCUACAGCAAACAAAAGAAUAUGAAUUCAUUGCUCCAUCACGAUACAUAUUCAGAGGUGCUGAACUGAAUGAGUCCUUUGAUUCUGAUAGCAAUGAUGAUUCACAUGAAGAUGAAAUUCAAAAUGUCGAUGAUGCCGAAAGUUUUGUCGAAGAUGAUACGAAUGAUGAAAUUUUAGUUCCAAAUCAAUCACAAGAUAUAAGUAUGAUGAUUGAUGGCGAACAAUCAUUGGUCAUGAUGAAUGAAUCGAAUAGUGGUACAAAUUCAAAUGAAUCAUCAAUGACGAAAGAUGAUCAUGAUGUUAUGGGAAUGAUACAAUCACCAGGAUCGACUACGAAACUAAUGAUUCCAUCAAUAAACGACGAAUCGAUGAUGAUGAUGAUGAUGACUACGGAUGAAACUUAAUUUAUAUUUAUUCGAAAAAAAUUCUGUUCAUUUAUCGCCAUGAACUAGAAUUCAUCUCAUUUAUUGAACUCAUUCACGUCAUUUUUCUGUUUUUAUUCAAUUCUAAAUUAGAAAAAAAUUUUACAAUUGUGUCACAAAAAUUCUGUAGUCAAAUUUUGCUCAAAAAUCUGCUAUAUUGAUCAUACAGAUACACAUACAUCAUCAUAGAAAACUACAGAUGAAGCCCCACUCUUCCCCAAAAAACAGAAUAUGAUAUUUCACAACAAAUCAUACUUUUUUUUGAUCUGGAUCGUCUUUGUAGAUAAUAUUCAUCAUUGAUUUUUUUUUCUUUCAAUUUUUUCAAUU